CGCCUACCAAAUUAAGGAUGGCUACCACUCGAGAGGUAGUGACAAUACAGUGUGGUCAUUACUCUAAUUUUAUUGGUGCUCAUUGGUGGAAUAUACAAGAGUCGGGUCUCUGGUCGCCAUUACUGAGGAAAGAGAAAGAAAUUAAUUACGACGCGACAUUUCGAUAUGGGAUCACACUUACUGGUAAAGAGACGUAUACCCCAAGGUUGAUAUCAAUUGAUUGUCCUGGAAGUCUUUAUAGCUUGAAGAAUGGCGGGUCUCUGUACGAUGUAGAGGAGAAUGGUAGCUCAGCCACACCCACUACAGGGACGUGGGGAGGUCCCGUUGAAGUACAUGCAAGGGAAGCUCAUUCGAAGAACGAAUACCUAAAGGACCUUGAGAAAAUGGACAAGGGAGAAAUAGAGGAAGAAGUAAUAGAGAAAAAGAGGUACCAGCUUGAAUCAAUUGUAGAGGUGUGGUCGGAUUAUCUGAGGCCACACCUACACCCUAGAAGCCUCCUGACUGUACCAGACUACCAUCACAAUAGUGAUCAAUUUAAAGUAUGGCCUGCUGGAGAAGAAACAUGGAACAAUAAACAAUUUAGGCUUGAAUUUGAAGAUAGGUUGCAUUUUUUUCUCGAAGAGUCCGAUCACUUGCAGGGUUUUCAGCUACUCUACGACUCUCAUAUCGGAGGCUUUAGUUCUCUCUCCUCGUGCAUAUCUCAGUACCUAACCGAUGAAAUGGGAUCAAAGACACUUCUCGCUAUUGGGACCAUGCCCACAAACAUACUAACUAAUGCAAAGCAAGAAGACGUGUUUCAUUACACACUCAAUAGCUCAAUGGCUGUUACUCAGUUAUGGGAUGCUUCAUCCCUCCUCCUUCCUCUCUCACUCAAUAACCAGCUCUGGCGUUUACCCACGUCUCCAAUAGCUACACCCUCUCUCCAUUAUGAUGAUUGUCUUGAUUAUCAUACAUCUGCUAUUUUGGGUGCCUCCCUUGAAACCUUCUCUUCAAGUUACAGGAAUGAAGUGGGUGGGGCCAUGUCAUCUCUUGUGCAGAAUCUCACUCCAGGAGGAAGAAAAAUGUGUUCUCUCUCAUUUGAGUUCCCGUUCCAAAUGCCACACAUAAGCAAUGAGCCAGGGACUCUUUUAUCAUUGAGAGACAUUACACCACAUCUCUUCUCACUCUCUCCUCACUCUAAGGCCACGCGAGACUUAUGGGCACAGUCUGUCUGUAUUCGUGGCAACAGGGAGUUGUUUGGUUGUCAUGACGAUAAGCCACGCCCAGACUUAAAAUCUGCAUUGACUCGUGCAGUGUAUGAAUCACAUCCAACAACAAACAGUCAACUCUCUAUGUAUCAAACCCCAUUACCGCUAGCAACUCCGUUUCCACAGAUAUUCACUAAACAGGACACAGGAACAUCAACAGUUUCCUCUUAUACAACUCUCCAGUCUCAUUCAGGUAUAGAGGAAUUUUUUAAGACUCUUCACAGAGAGGCCAGAAGUGUUGAUAUAAGGAGAGUUCCUGUCUAUCAUUCAACUUGCCUUGAUGCUGAUUCACAUCAAGAAAUGUUAGUCAAAUUACAAGAAAUUAAAGACUUGUAUCAUGUUGGAUUGAAUUCUAGCGAUGACAGUACUGAUGAGGAAAACUGAUACUGAAAUACAAAAUUACACAUACAUUAAUGUACAUAUUCAUGUAGAAAAAUAAUCAAUUUUGUGCAUUCAUUGUGAUCAUUCUGUAUCUGAAUAACUCUGAAAUGUGAUUAUAAAUAUUUGCAUUAUUAAAAUAAACAUUAUUAAAAUCCAAA